AUGGCAUUCUCAAUUCCAACUGUUGCAAACGCUUGGAGGUAUCCUCCCGGAGAACCAUCCUCAUGGGACGGCUAUCAUAGCCUUGAACUCAGGGAUGUUCAAGUUCAUGCGCCCGGAAAAGGAGAAGUUCUGGUCAAGAUCCGUGCUGUUACGUUAAAUAGUCGGGUAAUAAUUCAAGUUGUCUACUAUGAGGUCGCAGAGUAUUUACCCACCAUACUAGGAUCUAGAGUGCAGGGAUGUUUAUCACAAUAUCGCAUAUUUCCAGCUAAGUUUAUACUUCCGAUCCCCGAUCACUUAUCGUACGAAGAGGGAGCUUCGACUGCAUGCGCUGGAAUUACAGCGUUCAAUGCGCUAUUCGACAGCGGAGAGCUUACUCCGGAUUCGACAGUGCUUGUCCUCGGAAGCGGUGGUGUCUCGGUGCUUGGUGCUCAAUUUGCUAAAGCUGCUGGUGCGCGCGUUAUUGCCACCACUUCUUCUCAAGAAAAGGCACAAAAGUACAAAGAACUUGGAGUCAGCCAUGUGAUCAACUAUCGAGAGACUCCGAACUGGGCGGAAGAGGUAAAGAAAGUGACUGAUGGACAAGGGGUCGAUCAAGUGCUUGAAACUAGUGGGCAGGGGACACUCAUGGAAGCAAUCAGGUCUCUCAAGGCAAAAGGAGUAGUACAUCUAAUCGGUGGAUCUACAGAAGAGGCUCCGACCACUGCAUACCGUGACCUCACGUUAGGUCUAAUGUCGAGCGGAGGAAAGCUUAAUGGUGUUACGCCUGGAGGUAAAGAUGUCGCGCAAAGACUCGAUUCAUUCAUGACGCAGCACAAGCUUAAACCUCUGCUGGACUCGAGGGUGUUCGCGUGGGAAGAGGCCGAUAAAGCAUUCGAAUAUCUUGAGAGAGGGGCACACUUUGGAAAAGUGGUAAUCAGGGUCGACUGA